AUGGCUGUCUCAGCACACACUGCGUCUAUGACCCAGGGAGGUCAGAGUCAGACGGCAGAGUGCUUAGAGAUUGGAGACGGCGCCAUCCUGAAUUCCGGAUACGCCGCAAGGUUCGGUUGCGGUCCAAACACGGACGGGCAGACAGAAUGGAUUUUGAACGAGACAUCCGCAAUUGCUGCAUGGUGGACAUCCGCGAUUUCCUCGAAUGUGCUCCUUUAUGGGUCAAAAGUGCUCGUAGAUCGUGUGAAAAUGCAGGCCAUUCUGACCAGCAAGGAAAGUGAUCUAAGCAAUAUCGAACUGAGAAUCCAGCGUCUCGAAAAGGUGUUGCACAUUGGACGUCACAAUGAUGAUGGAGAAGCAAUGGUGGAAAGCGAGUCGGAAACCGAAGGAUCGGACAUUGCAGCCGGAGAGCAAGACGAUGCUGAAAGUCUGUCAGAUUCUGGUGACGAAGCACAUAGCUCCUCCAUGGAUGUAUAG